AUGGACAUCAUGGCACACCAGCGGAGAUUGGCAGACGAAAAGGCGAGGAGCGAAAAGUUCUCGACCACGGCAGGAUUCGAACCUGCAAUCUUCUGCUCCGUAGGCAGACGCGUUAUCCAUUGCGCCACGCGGCCUACUGUGGAUGGACAUCAUGGCACACCAGCGGAGAUUGGCAGACGAAAAGGCGAGGAGCGAAAAGUUCUCGACCACGGCAGGAUUCGAACCUGCAAUCUUCUGCUCCGUAGGCAGACGCGUUAUCCAUUGCGCCACGCGGCCCAAUGUAAGAACAUUGAAUAUGCUUGCUUAACUAGUACAUGUCAUGGCACACCAGCGGAGAUUGGCAGACCAAAAGGCGUGGAGCGAAAAGUUCUCGACCACGGCAGGAUUCGAACCUGCAAUCUUCUGCUCCGUAGGCAGACUCGUUAUCCAUUGCGCCACGCGGCCUGCUGUGCAUGGAUAUCGUGGCACUCCAACGGUGAUUAG